AUGCGUAUACCUCUAGCCCUCCUUGCCCUUACGAGCUCCUGCUUCUCCGCUCUUGCCCUCGAUCUGAAGGGCCGUAUACAGUGGAACGAGCAUUGCGAAGGUCUUGGCGAGCUGGGCCAGACGAAGGUUGUUCUCGACAACGGGAGGCUGCACGGAGGUGUGACACAAGACGGAACCUUUGUGAUACCUGAAGUGCCGGCAGGGACGUAUGUUCUCUCUGUAAUAGCCCAUGACCAUGCGUUCGAGCAGUUGCGCGUCGAUAUCUUCGAGACAGAGACCCUGCCAGAAGUGCGACCCUACUUCCCUGGGACCCCGCUCGACCCGCCUUCUACCAUAACGCUCCCAUAUCCUAUCACGCUCACCGCGCGGGGAAAGCAUGACUACUUCGUCCCCCGCGAAAGCUUCAACGUCCUCGCCAUGUUCAAGAACCCGAUGAUGAUGCUCAUGCUCGGUGCGGGCGUGCUCGUCCUCCUUACUCCAAUGAUGAUGAAAAACAUGGACCCGGAGGUCAUGGAGGAGUUCAAAGAACGACAUGCGAAGAUGUCCGGUGCCCAGAGCGCGCUACAGAGCGGAGAUUUGAUGGGCGGAUUCUCGCAGUUAUUGUCUGCAGCGAACGAAGAGGCCAAGGGCGCAACAUCCGGAGCGGCGAAGGGGCCUAGUGCUUCGGGCGCGAAGCAGCGCGGAGGCAAGAACAAGAAGCGUUGAAGAACCGGUCUGUGUGUUCUUGUGCGAUGAUAUAGAUACACAUUAUUAUUACGUAUAUUCCAGGAGGGACAUUAUUGACUGGCUUUAAC